UGCCUAUAUAGAAUACACCUACCAAUCGAUGGAGGGCAAGUUUAAUCAAUGAACAUUUGAAAUAAAAGUUUUAUUGCGCUAAUUACAAAAGAAACUCAUUCUCAGCAAAACCUAGUCUCGGGAGUUUUGUGCAGAACAUGAAUAACCACUCCCGUCAAUCCCCGUGCUCAGAUUUACAGAGGAAAGUACCUUUAUUUUUGAGGGCUCUUCUCAAAUAAUUCUUCGAGAUCGGAAUUGGUGACCUGGAAAAAAAAUAGCUUCCUCCAGUACCUGUAUCGUCAGAAUUAAAUUCAGCAACCUGGAAUAUGGAAACCAAUGCCAAUUACUUCAGGAUUUCGGAAGCGCCAUACUGAACUGACAUCAUACUGACGUUCAUAAUCAAUUGGUUAUUGGCACAAUAAGGCUACAAAAAACUGCAAUGGCAGAGGCGGAUUUCACAAUAGAGGAACACCAAGCAACGGAGCCACCACAGGCAGACGACGAGAGUGACCUCGUCAAUGAAAUCGACAACGAAAACGACUUGGGACGUAAUAAAAGAACGUUAAAAGUAGAGAAUGGCGGAAACGAUAUCGACAAUGAGGAGGACGAUGAUGGUAGCAGUAUGGAUGUUACAGAUAGACUGGGCGAAUUCCCACGUCCAGAUGAUUGUAAAACAAAUGGUUUUGGUGUUAUGUCGAGGGCUAAUGACGGUGAAAGACAAAUGUUUGUCCAUAGUUUCAGCGUGUCGACGUCUUCGUGGAGAUCGUGGUCAUCGAGAGUCGCUGCGACCACAAACAUCGGCAUCGUGAUAAAGAAUAUCUCCCUCCUUCAUGCGCUGUGUUCUGUUCUCCUCAUCAUCAUGGGCAUUCUCGGGGCGGUCGCUAAGAGCUACAUGUCGUAUCUUGUCCUAACCAUCUGGAGUCCAAUAUUUGUCUUCUUACCAACAAGUUUCACAGGGUUAUCGACUUCCAUAAGAUUGCGAAGUAGUUCUCUCAUUCAAAGAUUGAUCGUCUUGUCGACACUGUCGACAUUGCUUUCGUGUGGCUUGUGCAUGGUCUUCACAUUCUUCAUCUUUCGAGACGGGCAGCUUGAUUCCGAUUGUAGACCGUCUCCAGCCAUCUUGUCAUCCGAGUGUCGACAGUCGGUUUAUCGUGUCCUCAUUAAUGUCGUGAUCGUCUUCCUCUUCGUAAUCGAGUUGAUUGCUUCAGGUUCUUCUCUUCUCAUCUGCGUCAUCGUAAAAACCGGAUGUGCAAGGACGCCCUCUGAUAGACAACAGCUCAUCUCAAGGACCAGUAGGCCUAUGUCUUACAAAAGGCUCGCAGCGCAAGACGAAAGGACUGUCGACUAUUUCGAGGAUCGGGCGGAUUCGCUCGUAAAUAAUAACUCAAGCAAUAUGCAUCAACGAAGUCUGAGUGCGCCAGCUCUUGUCAGUCUCUCAACAACUCAAACAUGCUAAACGAUUUGCAAGACGCUUCAAAUUCUUGAACAUGAUAAUGAUGCAGGCAUUGCUCGGCAAACUGGUAAAGUUGCAAUACCUUGGAUGGAAUGAUUGGGGGUGAUAAAUUUAAAUUGGUUGUUUUAGUUAAAAACCUGCUAUGGACAAUUAUAUAAGAAAGUCCACUGGGAGUUCAAUGGCACCAGAACAGGAAAUUUAUGUGGCUUUUUUUUCUAGCUUGAGAAUACAGAGAAAUUAAGUGGAAUUAUAGCCAAGACGGCACCAGCAGUGAUCAUCAAUUCAUUUUUGCCUUUUUGACUAUGUUGCCGAUAUCGUAUUCCAAUGUCGAUUAAGAUGUCUGAUAGAGUGCAUGAACUUCAAUACUUUGAAAACAAUAUAAAUAUUUUAUUGCUAUCAUUGCAGUAUAUCCGUGGAUAGAGAUGCCGCGAUUAUCACGUCAAGGCUGUUUCUGCACUGCAAAAAAUAUGUUGAUUUAACACCAGCCCGGAAUCAUCCACACCAGAGAAGUGUUAAACAGCACCAGUUUCGUUUUGGUCUAACAACCAAAUAGGUGUUUAUACAACACCAAUUAGUACCAAAACAGCAUCGGUUUGAUUCCAAACUGGUGUUGUUUCAAGGCUAUUGUGUUACAUAAAUUAUAUAGAUUCCGGGCUGGUGUUAAAUCAACAUCGGAGUUUUGCAGUGUGGCUCUUUUAUUGUUGUGUUGGCCUAAUUCAGGGACCGACAACAAAUUUCGUUAAUUUAUUUUGAUAUCAUGGAUUAUUGUUUUGAAUCAUUUCCAAUUACCCGGAGAUAAUUAUGUCGGGGAUGGAAAAAAUAACAUAAAAGUAUGUACUAUGCAAUGAUUCUUGAGAUUUCUUUCUUGUUUAUUAUUAUGAUACCAAACUCGUUGGUAAUGUUAUUUGAAAUAAAAGCGGUUUUCUAUUACUUUAA